AUGGGCCGGAUGGCUGAUCACUGGCGGGAGAGUCGGGAAGUACUACGACUACGCCCAGGUGGCGGGUACAAUGUCUUGUUCGCUCUGGUCGCUGUGCUGGGUCUUGUCACCGCUCUGAAAAUCCUCUUCAACAUCUUGAGCUUCGUCUACCUGUACCUCCUCCGGCGCUCCAGCCUCGGGCGCUACCUUCAUUCCACAGACGGCAAGCCAGCCUGGGCCCUGGUAACCGGCGCAUCAGACGGCCUCGGGAGGCAGUUUGCCCACGAGCUGGCCGCCCGCGGCUUCAACGUCGUCGUGCAUGGCCGGAACCCUGCCAAGCUGGAGGCUGUCCGAGAUGAACUCGCCAUUGCCUUCCCGGGCCGAUCUUUUCGCGUGCUGGUUGCAGACAUCUCGGCAAUCCCCUGUCAUCGCUGCCAGCCCGCGGCGAGCACGACUCCUUCUGCUACAGAAUCGACGCAGACGGUGGACCUGGGAGCUAUUGUCGCUUCCCUCUCGGACAUCAACCUGACUGUCUUGAUCAACAAUGCCGGCGGUGGUGUCCUCAACUCCUCUGGCCAGCCGACGUUCCACCCUCUGCAGGCCUUCCCGCAGUCAACUGUUCUCGGCAAUGUCAACGUGAACGCCAUCUUUCCCCUGUUGCUCCUGCACAAGCUCAUACCCCAGCUCAUCCGCAACGCUCCGUCCCUAGCCAUCAAUAUUGGCUCCAUGGCGGACCAGGGAAUGCCACUGCUAUCCUUCUAUGGCCCCAGCAAGACAUUCGCAAUGGGCGUCGCAGGCUCGCUGGCCCUCGAGAUGAUCCUGGAGGGCCAGGAUGUUGAGGUGCUUGGCGUGCGCCUGGGAGAAGUGACCGGUGUCUCACACUACAAGGCCGCCCCGACGAUAUUCGGUCCCAGUGCGCAGACCAUGGCAAGGGCUGCGCUGGAGAGGGUAGGCUGUGGCCGCCCGACCGUUAUAGGCUAUUGGGCACAUGCGCUUCAGCAGGCAGGUGCGAAUCUUUUGCCAGACUUUUUGAAAGAUCGGAUCCUGUUAGAUAUCAUGAGUAGGCGUAGGGAGGACGAGAGGAGAAAGCUAAAGAGUGCGUGA